AUGUGGGGGUCUACCUCCCGCACCCCCCAUUGGGACAGUGCAUUAGCCNCGGAGUUAGUGCUCGGCGACACGACUUGGGCCUUCUUCGUUGGUGGGCUCAUUGGGACGGCUAUUGUGUCGUACCUCAUCGUCGUGGUGCGCUCCUACGCCGUACAGAUGGCAGAGAAGUGCUUGGUCUCGCAGUGCUGCUGCGGUUGUUCGCUCCGCUCGGGAGCCUUGGGAACUGGCAUCUUCGACUUAGUGGCAAGACUCCUUUACCUACCGUUCGGCAUCUAUGGCUUGGUCGUUACAAAGGACGAAAUGAAGUGGUUCAGCAUCAUAGGCAACAUUAUAGCCAUCCUGCUCUCCAUCACACUCAUAAUUGGUGUUACAAAGGAACGAGUGACGCUUAUCAAGAUUUGGGUUUACGUGGAGAUCGUAUUGGUCAUCCUUGCAAUAAUCGGAGUGGUGACGAUGCUUGUGCUAGGCGAGCCUUGGCUCCCUCUCAUUGAAGUUCCCAUCGGGGCGGCUAUUGCGUCGUACCUCAUCGUCGUAGUGCGCUCCUACGCCAUACAGUUGGAAUCCAGUGACGGUGGUGGCGGAAACAUCGUCUAAGGCGCUCGACUUCAUUCCCUUCCGCGUCCAUCAUUUCUGUGUACACCGAACAUACGUAAAGAGGUAGUAACGGCGAACACCAUUACAGGACAUCGAACAAAUGACAAGAGGUAAUAACGGCGAACACCAAUGCAAGACAUCAAACAAAUGACAAGAAGCAAUUACGGCGACCAUCAAUGCUGGACAUCGAACAAAUGACAAAAGUAAUAACGGCGACCAUCAAUGCUGUUCAUCGAGCAUAUGACAAGGGUAACGAAGGCGACCAUCAAAGCUAGACAUCGAACAUAUGGCAAGAGGUAAUAACGGCGACCAUCGUACAGUACAUCAUACAAGCUUACGACGACAUCGUACAAGCUUGACAGCGCUUAACUCUAUUUUCCGAGCACCAAUUACACAACUUUAAUUUAUUAGUGAAAGUUACAAAAAGCACUGAGAAAUGGCCGACUGAAACGGUUAUGCACGCACAAGCUUGUCAGCUAACGCAAGAUUAGUCUUUAAGGAGUUGCCAGGGCCUUAUUACAGUCAUGUGGUCAUUAAUAACGAAGAAGUCUGUUUUUACAGAUUUAAGUUUUCCAACCAGCUAACUUUUCUAGACUACGUUUGCAAACAGAAACUGGGGUACUUGUAUAUAGUCCAGUUGAUUACUUUUCCAUGUGAUAAAGACAUAGUUCGUCUUCGAAAAAAUAUUUGGAAAUAAAAAGUGAAAUUUUCAUUCAUUUAUACUGUUUUCAGUAAUUCAUUGAUGUAUUUAAGUUCGCUGUAAUGUAAAUGACAAUUAUUGCCAUUUGAUAAAUGUACACAAUAAGAAACUAGUUGCUUAUAAGUGAACUUGUUGUUUGUAGUCUAUAAAACACGAGUGUUUUGCUACUAAAAAAAGCACUUUCAUCAGACAUCGCAGUGGGAAUAAGUGGAAGUAAAGUUUAAAACGGCAUCAGUAAAAAUUUCAAAAUUCAAAUUUAUUACUGAUAUAACAAUUUUCUACAUAUAUUCAACUAGGAUUGCCUAUAAUACAUAUUCAUACUCCAGCUAGAAUAACUUUUAAUGGAGAAAACUUGUAACCAGAACAGGAAAUUAUUGAUAUGAAACAGGGAAGUGAAGCAUGAAUUUUCAUAUUAGAGACGUAUCCACUAGAUCUCAGAAAUGUUUUGUAAACAUUGAUCUCUCUACAUACAACGUUGAUAAUUUUA